CCCACCUUCCUUCCCCAACUCACGUUCUCCCCACUUCCCUCUCACAACACUCUCCCUCAAUCCACCCACCAUCCAUCACAUCUCUCACAAUGUUCGCUCUUCGCCGUCUCGCAACGACAGCCAGCCGCAGCGCCGGUCGCCCCGCUGCCGCAUUGGGAUUGACCCGUCACGCCCGCCCCCAAAAUCUUGCAGAACUCCGCUCCUUUGAGUCGCUGCUCCAGACCCGUUUCUACUCGUAUGACAACCAGUCCUCCGGCGACGGACGACAGGAUGCGUACCGGAGAGUAGGUGACAACGGCUCAGACCGACCGGCGUGGCAGCAGCGCCAGAACAACACCACCCCCACAAAGGUUGUGUACGUUGGAAACCUCAAGUACGAGGUCACCGAGAAGGAUAUCGAGGAGAAGUUCCGCGAGUUUGGUGAUGUCCGUGGUGUCCGCAUUCCCCGCACCAGCGAGACCGGUAUUGCCCGAGGAUUUGCCUACGUUGAGUUCGGUGCUUUGGAGGAGGCCGCCGAGGCUAUCGAGGCUAUGCACAUGGCUUCGUUCCUUGGCCGUCGCUUGAACGUCCAGUACGUGAACCGCUCCGACAUGCGCAUCAAGAACAACCCCGAGAGCAAGACUCUGUUCAUCGGUAACCUUUCUUUCAACACCACCGAUGAGGACCUGAACGAGCUUUUCAAGGACGUUGCCGGCUGCGUUGACGUUCGUGUCGCCAUGGACCGCCGCACUGGUCAACCCCGGGGUUUCGUCCACGCCGACUUCGCGGACGUUCCCAGUGCCGUUAAAGCUAAGGAGCAGCUCGCUGGUACUCAGUUGUACGGCCGUCAGAUCCGCAUCGACUACUCUGUGCCCCCGGAUGAGCGCAAGAAGCAGUACGAGGAGCGCAACGAGGCCGAGGACUCAGAGGCUUCGGGGGAGCCCGUGAAGUCCGAGGCUGAUGCCGAGGCACAAGCCGAGGAGACAACGGAAAAGCCUUUGUCCUCGUAAAGAGUGCAACCAAUAUAAAAC